AUGAAAGGAAAAAUAGUUUUUCGAUGGAGUGUUGAAGGUAAAACGACUUUCAAUGAAAUUAAAGAACCUAUUGCUCAUGCUCCAGUUUUGGUUUGUCCUAAUUACACUCAAUAUUUCAUUAUAUAUAGCUAUGCUUCAGAGCAUACUAUGUCUGCCAUUCUCAUGCAGAAAAAUCAAGAGGGGAUAGAAUCUCCUAUAGCUUUCAUGAAUUUUCCUCUGAAGGUUGAUGAGUUGAAGUACUCCCAAAUGGAAAAGCAUGCUUAUGUCAUAGUCAAGGUGGUUAAAUAUUUCAAAUUUUACAUCUUGAAUUCGCAUACCCUUGUUUUGGUCCCUGACACUACAGUGAAAUCAAUCCUUACUCAGCAGGAGUUUGGUACCAAGAGGGGCAAUUGGAUUGCCAAAAUUCAAGAAUAUGAUCUUGAGAUUAGACCUACGAAGCUUGUUCAUGGGAAAGAUUUAUAUCAGCUUAUGACUGAAAAUGGUUCAUCUCAUUUAUGUGACAAAGUUGAUGACAUUUCAGAAUGUUUACCGACGGUGUUGUUUGUCAACACUACAAAUGAGUGGUAUUCUAGUAUUUCUCAUUUUCUCACAUAUGGCGAUUGUCCAUCAUAUUUGAGUUACAGGGAAAGAAGGAAUGUCAAGCUCAAAGUUGCAAACUUUGUCAUUUGGGACAAUUGUUUGUAUAAGAACAUUGAUGGUGUUUUUCCGAGAUGCGUUGAUAAAGUGCAACAAGUGAAGUACUAUUGGCCUACUCUUUUCAAGGAGAAGUACAAGUGGGUACGCAAAUGUGAUCUUUGCCAACAAUUUGUUGGAAAGCAAAAGAUUACAGUUCUUCCUCUCAAGCCCGUUGUUAUUGAUGAGCCUUUCAAACAGUGGGGUUUAGAUUUCAUUGGUGUAAUUAAUCCAUCCCCUAGUGUAGGACAUACUUAUGUUCUCACGGCUACGGAUUAUUUUAACAAGUGGGUUGAAGUUAUUCCAGUGAGGCAUACUACAUCAAAAGUGGUAUGUCGGUUCUUGAAAGAAAAUAUUAUUUGUAGAUUUGGUGUUCCCAACAAGAUCAAGGCAGAUAAUGCAGCUACGUUUUCCUCAUAUGAAAUUACUCAAUUUUUCUUUGAGUAUGGGAUCACUCUUUCUCAUUCAUCCAACUAUUAUCCUCAAGCUUUGUUUGACGCUUUGUGGGUUGAUCACAGUACUCCUAAGAGAGCUAUUGGUAUGUCUCCUUUUCAAUUUCUUUAUGGUCUCAACACUGAAAUUCCUAUUACUUUAGAAUUACCUAUGCUAAAUUUGGCAAGAGCAGUUGAGGAUGACACUUAUGUUGAUGCUCUUAAUAAAAUAAUUAUGUUUUUUACUCAAUUGGAGGAACAACGAGCACAAGUUGUAGAUCAUCUUGCAAAACAUCAGAAGCAAGUGAAGACUCUCUUCGAUAAGAAAACAAAAUCGAGAGAUUUUAAAGUUGGUGAUCUUGUUCUUCUCUAG